GCAGUAGUAGAUAGUUCAGUUUGGAUUCUCUUAAUGUCCAUUUAACCCCUGCGAGAACAGAGGAAUGUUGACAGAAGGUGGAAGAAACUGCUUCUCUCUGGAAGAACGUAGAAGUGAAAGGAAGAAGUCUAAUAUCAACCACAACAGAAAGUGAAAUAUGGGCAGUGAGUACCAACCACUGUCCUCAGAUCAGUCAGGCACAAGUCAGUUUAUCGAGACGUCAGAGUGCUUCAUAUGCAGGGAUGUUGAACUUCAAGCCGGUGACCCGCUGAGGCAUUUCUGUGACUGCAAGAAUUUACUUUCUCAUCACGUGUGUCUGUCCACGUGGAUCCAGAAGGGAUGUGGGAUCGAAGACAGGCUGCACUGCAUUAUCUGCAAAGCCAAGUACCAGCUCCAAAGGAGUUCUCCAUGGCGGUCGCUGGGCUUUGAGUGGCAAACGUGGCUUGUGCUGAUCACGGCGUUUGUUUUGCUGGGCCUGGUACCUUAUGUAGUUUACUGCAUGAUGACUGGCUUCACCAGCCCUCCUCCUCCCAUCACCUUUAAAGUGGCAGCAGCCUCUUUUGGUCUGCUGACAGAGAUCCUGCUGAUCAAGUGUCUGUCCAGCUACCUCAGCGGUCGUUACCAGCAGGCUGAGCAGAGCUCCAUCACAGUCCGGGCCAGAGGCUUUGAAGAGGACAGAACGAGUCCGGGCCGCUGGGAUCGGUCUGAGGCCUCAGCAGCGGCAGGACACGCUUCAUCGGCAGCCAAAGUGGACGAAAAGAAAGAGUGGAUGUCUCAGCUUUUUCUGAACCAGUAACAGGAGUUUACAGAAUGCGGGGAUGAGAGCAUCAGGAAGUUCUUAGAGAAUGGCACAUCCUUGGACCCAAGAAUCAAGAUAAAAGUGGCAGUGUGGACCAGACCAGAAGAAGAGCAGAUGAAUAGGACCUUAAAACAUGUUUGUCUUAAUUGGUAAUCUUUUACUCAUCUUCCAUUGUAGAUCAAUGUAUCUGACUCCCAUAAUCUAUGAAUACAGAAUAAAUGUGACAAAUAACCAGUUGACCGUGAUGGUGACUCAUCUGAUGAAGACAGAACAGUUGAGAAGUUCAGAAGAAACUCAACUUUUGCAUUUACCUUGAGAGUGUCGUAUUUAUUCUUUUGUUCGCGAAGCAGCCGAAGUUCUCUGCCCUUGAAGAGCUAUUUUGCUGAGGAGGACAUGACAAUUGAAAUAAUAACAUAAGACAUUGUCAGCACAGAGAAGGUUCAGAAAGGGAUACAUUUCUACAGAGCUCUACCCACUACACUAACCUUACUGAGUGCAAGCAUCAUCCACACAGCGUUCAUUUUCUACCACUGUUUACUUUUCUGAAGAGGAACCGAAAGUCUUAAGUAUGCAGGAGUGAGCCUUAGACAUUGACUUGCAAAUGUGUGUUUUAAAAACUAUUAACACUGAUUCAUUUUAUAUUUGACAUUUUGUUCUAUUGGACUCUAAUAUUUUUUUGGGGGGGCGGCUAUGGCUCAGGAGGAAGAACAGUCAUCUGGUUAUGUGAAGGUUCCGAGCUCAAUUCUGCCUUUUAAUACAUUUCUAUUUGUUGAUAUUAUGUUAACAGACAACUUCAAGUUGUGUUUAAAAGGUUUAUAUUUUUAUGUUAUGACACUGCUCAGAGUGUGUAAAAAAUGCCAUAGAGCUAAAGAAUUGUAACUUAAUGCUGUUUUCUUUUAGUUAAAAUGAAUAUUUAUGAUAUCAAAAACGAAAAAAAGUUUCAUCUAGACAAAGACUUUUCAACAGAAUGAAAAAACAUCUUUUCACAUAUUGUACAGAAAAAAAGGCUUAUGUCUCAUGGAUCAAAGUUGUGGCCCAUGGCCCCUUAACAUUACAAUUCUCCAAAAUGACAAAUAAUACUGUGAAUCUGCAGAAAGUCCUUUUUGAUUAAAAGUACAUAUUUUAUGUUCAUAAACUGUGUCAUGGUUUUUCAACUUGGUGUAACGACAAUCUUACAGGAAAUCAUUGCAGGUAGACAGGUCAGUUUUAUAAAGCUACCACUAA